AUGAGUUUUAUAGGAAAUUAGCUGAAAAACCAAGUGAGGAUUAGCGAAUAACAUAAUUCAGGGGUCGUUUAUAUAGGACCCGUUCAAGACGCUGAAAAUCGGAGCCAGAGGAAUCAUGCAUGGCGAUUUCGCUUCCCUUCCCUCCCUCUCCAUCUCUGAACAAUAGCUAGCGAGAACCCUAACCCCAAUCUCUCAAGCUGGUUCAGAAGGGGGAUCUGAACCAAAAGCAAAUUUUGGAAUGAGAAGCAAAAUUUCGAUAAAACUUUUGAAGUUGGGAUAAAAUGGAGACUGUAAGUUGAGCCACUGAUUAGCAAUCAUAUUCACAAGGAUGGGAAGGAGGUGUAGGGUUUGGUGGCCAAAGCAACUCUCAUUGAGCACACCAUCAUCCUGCUCCAAUUUCUUGCUGGGUUGGUUCAUUUCGUCGUCUUCGUCUUCUCUUGACGUUGUCGUAGCUUUUGCCUGCACUGAACAAGCGCUUUCUGAUAAAAAAUUAUGCAUUCAGAAAAGUAUUUAUUAUUUUCAGGGAAUCCUUCAUGACACAAAUGGAAGGAUGCCUGUGUUGCUCCAGGAUAAGUCAAUGUUGUGUAUAGUGGGUCAAUUUUUUAAAGUUCACUCAAAAGAAGAUCAAUAUCAUUCUUCUUGUUGUGGGUGCCACACUCUCAAUGGAUCACUAGAACAAUGUAGGCAAACUUUUGUAGAAAGCAAUUAUUGGAUCCAGAUGCUAUGUGAUCCUCAAGAACAAGUUGGAACAGAAAUUAGUUGGAUUCCUAAACUGCAUCACAUCCACUGGAAUGGGCAAUUGGUGUUUCCAUGUGAUAUCCACUUAAUAUUCUACGAGACCCCAGCCUAUGGUGCUCACCAUUUCUCAUUACAUCCUUGGAAUUCAUUUGAUCAAGUGAAUGCUCCUGAGAGAAAACCCAAGUGGGUUGAUGAACUUCACCAGAAGCAGCCACUCCUUGACUUGGAUACGGUCAUUCUGGCAAUCAAUAGCUCCGCUGCUGCUGACAAAGUUUUCGAAAGAUGCAUGGGUCCCAAGAAAUCUACUGUGCGCUUUUCCACAGUUUACAUGUUUCUUGCCUUCACAUGGCAACUAUUUGCUGUGUCUGUGGCUUCAUUGUCCAUGUUAUUCUAUGUCAUUGUUCAGUUUCUCUAUAGGCUUCUGAAGUAUGCAUCAGAUUCAUGGGUAUACAUCAUAUCAGUAAAGGUAUUCAGCAGUUCAAGGAUAAAUAUCAGAAUCCGUUGUUCUCAGAUCUUGUAUUGGCCAAUCUUUCUUCAAGAUAAUGGCACAAGGUCACUAUCAAGUGUUGAAUAUGCGGAGAAAGCCGCAUUGCAUAAGCAUUCCAUGUGGUCAAGUUUAGCUGUUGAUGUACUUCUGGGAAACUUGUUCGGUUUGGCACUGCUGUAUCAUGCAGAAUCUGCUUGCAUGUGGGUCCUGAAAUUUGCCAGUGACAUUACAAAUGAGUUAUUGCGCUCAGGUUGUGUGUGGUUAAUGGGAGUCCCCGCAGGUUUUAAGUUAAACACGGAAUUGGCAGGAGUUCUUGGGAUGAUUUCACUAACUGCUAUCCAGAUUUGGUCUACCAUUUGGAUCUUUUUGGGGUUUCACUUCAUUUAUUUCAUUAGAGGACUUGCUAUAUCAGGAAUCAUUUUUGGGGUGACUGUACCUGCUGCUUUGAUAAAAGACUUGAUUGCACUAGCAACAUUACAUGUGUCCACUCUUCACUGGUUGAUAUCACUUUUAUACUCGACUCAGAUACAGGCAUUGGCAGCUUUGUGGCGCCUUUUCAGGGGUCGAAAGUGGAAUCCUCUUCGUCAGAGAUUAGAUAGCUAUGACUAUACUGUCAAGCAACACAUCGUUGGAUCUCUUCUGUUCACACCACUCCUGCUUCUAUUACCGACAACUUCUGUUUUCUAUAUUUUCUUUACCAUUAUGAAUACAACCAUCAGCCUUAUCUAUAUACUGAUUGAAAUCACUAUAUCUGUUAUUCAUGCCACACCUUACAUCAAAAUUUUCCUUUGGUUGGUCAUGCCAAAAAGAUUUCCCUCUGGGAUAUGGUUUGAAAUUGUAUCUGUUUGGAGUGAUUGCAUUUAUUCACAUAAGGAUAUUAGUUCACCAGCAGAUAAAUUGCAGAGUGAAAAGGGCCUAACUGGAGAGAAAGCUUCUGUUGUGGUUUCAUUUCUUCAUAGCAACUUCUUGACUGUAGGACAAAUAGUCAUGCCUCACUACAACAAGAUUCUUUCUGGGAAACCUCGGACAUUGGUUGCUACAGCAGCUUAUGGAGUCCUUACUGGCAGACGGAUUCCAUCUACAAUUGGGACUGAUCUUCCAAUAUUUCCAUGGAUGCUAAUCUCCUACAAAGAGUAUUGGCGGCUUUGCCACGAUUCAAUUCUUGCAUGCUACAGAAGAUGACCAGAGAUUUUUAAAAAAAUUUAUAUAUGUUUUUUUUUCACAACUAAUUGCAUUCUUCAUUUAACCUAGCUAGCGAUUCUCUCUCUCUCUCUCUCUCUCUCUCUCUCUCUCUCUCUCUCUCUCAUGUAACCACUCUUGCUGCCCUUUGAUUGCUUUUAGGACCGUUCAGGCUACACACCUGAUUCAAUUUUGGAGGAUUUGUAGGAUGGGUUUUAUGUAAAGAAAAAGUAGGUUCUUUUUUCAGCUUACUAAACUUAGUUUAAGUGUUAAAUCUAGAAUGUCUGCUUGAAUUGUUGUUAGCUACUUAUUACAGCUGCCCUCAGUUAAAGCCUACCCGACCUCUAUUACCUGCGUUGCUUAGAAACAUGAGAAUGAAUUCUAGAGCAAACAUGUUUGGAUUUAAACUAGCUCUAUUAUAAUUUUCAACUCAGGUUAAUUCUAGCAAUGCACAGCAAAGAAGAUAUAACAAAUCAGGUACUUAGAAUUAACCAAGAAACAAGUUUACCAACAAAAGAUGAACUGCUAUAAUAAUUUUACAAGCUGCUAAAUUCAGAAACCAAGUUGACCAACAAUUUAGAAAGCAAAACGGAAUCACCAACUCUGGUGAAUUGGGGAGAUUUGACAGAAUCUUGGGUGGAUCCAAAUCCCUUUAAAAUCAGGGCUCUUGGUCUUGGAUGAGGAAAUUGAAACGUCCCUUCCCAUCCCCAGCUGCUGCUUCACAUUCUUUUUGUCCAAAUAACCCAUUUCCUCUCUCAAUGAUACAAUUUCAUCUUCAGCUGGUGCUGGUGCUGAUGCUGGUGCUGGUGCUGGUGCUGGUGCCGGUGCCGGUGCCGAAACAGGAAUAAUGGAAAAGCACUGGCACUGUAGCUUGCCGGCAGCAGUGACAACGACCUGGAUCAACCUGUCUCCUCCGCAGGCGAAAAAAUAGAAUUCUCCAUUGUGAAAAGCACCACAUUCAAUUCUGUUAACUGGACAUGGGGUGAAAUUGCGCUUGUGUCGGAUCCAUUCAUUGGCUCCGCGAUGAAGAACAUUCAGCUCCAGUUUUAAAUCAUUGAUACGGCUAAUGACAAAAACAAUGCAAUCUUGACAAGUGGGAGGGGAUGAAAAUGCUGCAACAUGCUCACAUAGUUGUGAGGCUGGCAACUUUGGAAGGUUGAUUUUCGCACGAGAGAAGGGGCAAAAGAAGAUUCAUUGGUUUGAUGCAAGGCAAGUUGCUCCUUUUAGUUCUGGAAUAUUACUGAUGGUGUACUUUUUACCACUUUCACAUAUUAGCAACUGGCAUUGAUCAGAAUGUUCCUCGUACAGUAAAAACCAGGGUUCAUAUGAAGAUUCAUUCUGAGCUGAAGCUGUUGAAGAAGCAGAGUUCCAAGCCUUGCAGACACUGCGGAAACUCAGAAGAUCGAUUAGGCUUAGACCAUCUGCUAUUUUUGACAACAGUUCAGGAGGAAGAAGAUCGGACAAGGGCGGCGGGGGACGGCUUUCCAUGCACACUUUUUUCCUCAUUUGCUCCUCAGAAGAUCACCUUUGGCGCUGCGUAUCAAAAUGGAACGAAAAACACAGAUGGAGGCAAGGCAACCACAUAUUACUAUUCAUAUAUGCCAAACAACAAUAUCUCAUGCAUUUAUAUUAGAUGAACAUAUGACAUUACAUAUGUCUUCUUUCAUGGAUUAUCCUUGUAAAAGCUGGACAAAUUGAAAACUUUAAGGCAUCUAGUUGCAG